AUGGACAAUGUUGCGGCUGGCAUACAAGAUGGUAGAAAUAGUAUACCUUUUUUUUUGAAGCCAUUGACUCUGAGUGAUGACAUCAUAUAUCAACUGGCUUAUCGAUUCUCAAAAAUCUUUAAAGAACUUGCUGCGACUUCCUUGGAUCAGUUUUUCCCAAUACCAGUCACCCGUCUUCCAACUGGUAAGGAGACGGGGCAUUAUUUAGCUGCAUAUGUUGGGCUGUCCUACCUCCGCGUUGCGUUUAUCGACCUUCUCGGUGAGUCGGCCCCGGCGACCAGUUGGGGGAGGCAGCGUGUGAGGCGAACCCUGGAGAAAGCAUGGCCUAUUGAGGAAAGUCUUAAAAAAGGCAACCCGAAGAACUUCUUCGCGUGGAUUGGAGACUGUAUCGCAGAAGUCGUGGCAGACAGCUUGGAUCCGCUGGGAAAUACGAGUAGUCCAGCCACAGUGGACAUGGGAAUUUCCUUCUGCUUUCCGAUGAAGCAAAACAACCUACAUGAGGCAAUUUUGAUGCCAACUGGUAAAGGCUUCGCGUUGAAUUCUGACCUCGAUCUCCGGCAGGCUUUGCUGGAGGGUUACGAACGACAUACACGUCGUCCUAACAAUGAUUUUGAACCAAUAGUUACGAAACGGCGGAGGAGACGCGUGCUUCCUGCAUUAAGAAUAGCAGCAAUAACAAAUGACACGGUUGCAACACUGGCAUCUCUUGCAUAUUCAGUCAAAUCGCUGCCCAACAGUCGUGUUGUUAUGGGUCUCAUCGUUGGUGCAGGCUGUAAUGCGACUGUUCCGAUGCAACUGAACGAUCUGCAUGAAUCGAAAACUCGCCCAGUCCUCAUGAAUACCCCUGAAGCAGUAGAGGCACUCGUGAAUACAGAGUGGACGCUCAGUGCUGCCUCCCCCCCUCUAAGAGAGCUCGAUAUCAUCACAAAAUGGGAUAGAGAACUCGAAUCUUCAUCUGAUCGGCCAGGAUUCCAGCCUCUUGAAUAUAUGGUUGGUGGUCGGUAUAUUGGUGAACUGGUUCGAAUCAUCACCUAUGACUAUCUGCACAACCUUCUACACAUCCCACAGGAGGCGCUCCCUUUGAAACUCACCAACCCCUACUGUCUCACAACAGAUUUCCUUUCCCUCGUCGUCGCGGCCCCAUCUCCUGUCGAAACCCUGACAAAUGAACUUUCCGAAAAACUCCCUCCGCCCUCAUCUAGCAAUUGGCAAUGGUCUCCGGCAUCCGCAGCCAUUCUGAGAACCAUUGCAUCCACCGUCCAAAGUCGUUCUGCUGCUUUAAUUGCUGCCGCAAUCGUCGGCCUACUGAAUUGCACAGACCAAAUCCACCUCACUAGUUCUGAGAACCUAUCUUCUACGAAUAAAACCUUCACAAACGUGACAGGUUCUCCCAAAACGGAGCACCUCCGCAGCCCGGAAGAACUCGUCGUGGCCUUUUCAGGCGGUGUCAUACAGCACUAUCCAAAAUACAAAGAGAUAGUUCAAAGAUACAUUGAUAGAAUUCUUCUACGGAGCGGCCCGCAAGAUGGCGGGAAGAGCAUUUUUCUCAGGGAAGCAAGCGAUGGAGGGAUUAUUGGUGUGGGAGUCUUGGCUGGGACGACGGCUGGUAAAGAGAUUGAAAGAAUUAUCGGAUCGACCCUGCCAGGUCGGUAAUUGUCCAUUUAACAAUGAUGUCUGGCUGUCUCAAGUCGGUGAACUGAACAAUUGUUCCGACACGAUUUCAUUCCAAGGUAUCUCCAGUCUGUAUAAAAAUCCAGCUAUGCAAGGGGAUCAACCAAGUCCCAGGUUUACUCAAUCAGACAAUCAAGCCGCCCAUUUCUCACGGAGAACAUCUAAGCGCAAAAGAAGAAAACGUUAAAAAGAGAACCCAUCAUCCGAUCAUUCAUUUCCCAUAGAAAUAAUAAUUGGCCGCAUAUUGCACCGUGAAAUCAGAAGGCAGAUUCUCA